AUGGUGAAAUUCGAAAAUAAGCCUUAUGGACAAACAAGCGCAUUUGAUGCAUUGGCUACACAAGCAAGGAAGAGACCCUUUCUUUAUUUCGGCUUACCAUUUUUGACCAUUAUGGUAGCUGGUUCCUUUGGCCUGUCUCAAUUGACCCAAACAAAGUUUGAUCACAGAGAUCGAAAGCAUCGAAAGGUAGAGAAAGAGGAAGCAUUAGGUAUGGAUAAAAACAGACGUACAUUGAGUUUACAAGAAGAAUAUUUUCGACUACAAUCCAAAACUGAUGAUGAAUGGGAACAAGUUAGAAUCACUCGACCUUCAGAAUAUAAAAAAUAG